UGAGUGAAGCGGCCAUUUCAGAUUUAUUUUCAAGUUUAUUUAGAAAAUCUUUUAUUUCAUAUCUUGAAUAAUUCUGUGCAUUGUAUAGUAUUCUAUUCUAAAGUACUACAAGAGCUGGAACCGAUUAACCUGUCAUGGGGAGAGGCCCAACAUGCUAACAGGGACCGAGUAAAAUGGAGGGUGCUCAUUGAAGCCUUAUGUCCCAUAGGGGACGAAGAGUAGUAGUAGUAGUAUUCUAAAGUACUCUUACUUCCUUUUGAUGAAUAAAUACCUGUGAAGGGAUUUUUGCAUUUAAAGUACAGUUGUGGUGGUCAUUAUUAAAUAGCAAACAUUAUUAAGGGUAGACCAAGUUAUAUUUUACUACAACGAGCUCAGGCCCAGUCCCGUUGUAUUAACCACUCUAGUUUAUUUUAACUUCAAAAGCUUCAAAGCCAGGUCAGCUAACACUUUAUCAAGUUAGCUAGGACAUUGAACCAUAACAAAACCCAUAACACGUCAAUCGAAAUAGUGUGCAGAUUACUUGAUGGUGUCAAAAAGUAUUAUGCCUUUUUCAUUUGUGAAGUGCUGCAGGUUCAAUGGCAGACUAUUUCUUAUUAUAGUAAGAAGUACAUUACAAUGGUUGUGUUUAAAAUCUGAAAUGUUUACAUUUAUAUUUAAAGAUAGCCUACACUUCUCUGCUCCAUUCUCUCCACUAAUACUGCAGUUAUCUGUAGACAUGGCUGGCAGUUAUCUGUAGACAUGGCUGGCAGAUCGGAUGCCAACAACCCUCAUAGCGGAGAGCCUGAUGAUGAACUGGGGGAACUUGAUAACAUCUUGGCUGAUUUGCAAGAUGAAUCAGAGAAAUAUGGGGCAGGUACUAAAGCCAAGAGGAAGAAGCCUGAGAAGCUUGUGAGGUGGAAGAAAAGGGACCAGUACGGACGUCUGAUUGCUGAGACUCAACAAUCUUCAGGAGGAGCUGGUCCCUCUUCCCGGCCUAAGGACACCUGUCCAGUGCAUAUGGUCCCAUGUCCUGAUGAUGCUUCAAACUAUGCACCGUUACAAGUGCAGUUACAAGAAGCACACAAGGCACUUGACACACAGCUUCAGUUGCUGCAAGAAAGCCUUGAAGAUGAUCCUUUGGCCUGUUCAGAAGGAAGAGAGAUGUUGACUCGAACCUGGGAUAUGCGGCAAACACACUCGGAAGAGAAAUGGGAGAAUGCCAGGCCUAACCUUUUGGAGUCGAUGUUGUCAGCAGAGUGGACACUGGAUCAGUCCUGUGACCACUGCCACACAAAACGGGCUGUGAUUAGAUGUCGAGACUGCCUGCCCAAACACCUUUUCUGCAGUGACUGUGAUUUGGCUGUCCAUCGAAACUACGUUUUGCACAAUAGGGACUCACUUGUAGAAGGUUUUUACAAGGCACUUCCACCUACAUGUCAUAUUGUGCAAGACGGCAGUGGAGCACCUGAAAUAUCUGAGAAAGCAUGUCUUCUACCCAUUGCUUCGCCACACAAUCUUUGCAAUUGUGACACACAAGACAUUGCAAUAAACGCUGGACGAGCCAUCAUUCUUGUGGAGAUAAAUGGUCGAUAUGAUCUUUCGCUUCCCUUGGUGACCUGCAAAUCCUGCUUAAAAACAUGGACACCUGGAUUAAAAGACCUUCAGUCCAAUGGUUACUGGCCAGGCAAUGUGGAUUUUCAGACUGUUUAUUCCACUGAUGUGUUUCACACAUUUGAGGAAUUUAAAGUCAGCGCACCGGGGUUAUCUCGACAAGCAUUUGUGAAAAUGCUUGAUAAUCGCACCAGCAACUUUGGAAGGGCAGGAAGAAUAUCUGGAGAUAGUUUCCAGCGUAGUUUCCUGGAGUGGACCUACUGCAGACAUGAGAAGGAAAAGCUGUUGGCUGUUGACCAUUUCUCUUGUCCAGCCUGCAUGGAAGACAUUGCAGCAAUUUCUGUUGAUGGAAACCGCAAGAUGUACCGCUUCAAUCGGACUAAAGGGACUGAUGAAUCUGGUUACUUUGAUGGUGCUUUUUUUUCAAAAGACAAGGAGGUUGCAGAAUUUGUGGAGGGUAUCCGGAAUCGAAUCAGACCUGAAUCCGGUCGAGGUGUGUGUGGUAAAUCCCAAUGGAAAGCUGCAAGGGAGACUGCCAAAAAGUCUGGGUCAAAGGUGGAUGAAGAGGGAGUGGAGGUGGCCGUCUGUCGUCAUGGAAUUUUGUUCAAGGCUUUGAACAUGUUCAGAGGAGAGAUAUACGCUUAUCCUCUCUUCCUACAAAAGGAGGUUUCUUUGGGCCAUAACAUUCAAUUUUUCUGCACUGAUAUCAUGUGCAAGUACUAUCCUUACCUGCAGAAGGUAUGUGAGGCUUUCCCAGAUCUGGUGCCACUCCUGCAGAUGAAGCCAUUCCUGUCUGUGAUGCAUGCAAAAGGCCACUCAGGAAAAUGUGAGGUGCAAUGGGGUGGGCGCAAUCAGGAAGGAGCGGGUAUGACUGUUGGGGAGGAGGUCGAGCAGGUGAAUUCUUUUUUGUCACAAGUUGGACUAACGACAAAGUACAUGACCAAAUCUGCACGCACAGAUAUGAUUACAUUGCAAGCUCGAGGAUGGAACAUGAGAAAGAAGAGCAAUCUACACGAGUACCUUUCUCAAAGAUAUGUCAAGAUAAUGAAAAGGACAAGAGAAAUGGAGCAGGAGGUAGAGGCCUUGAAAGUGGAACUGGGGAAGACUGAAGUGGAACUCCAGCAGUGGGUUACUGAUGUGAAGGAUUGGGCCGCAGCAACUCCAAAUGACAUCAGUCCUGAUGAUGCUCCUGGGUUACAGCGUGUCAUGGAAGGUUUGGCCCCAAGUAUCCAGCAGAAGAAAGUGGAUAAAUAUCGGCAGACUGACAGCAAUAAGGCCAGGCAGCGCAUUCAAACAAAGAUUGCAAAGGACAAAACUAAAUUAAGCCAAGCCAUGGACUUCUACAACAGGCUUGUCUCUGCUGAAGAUGCUGUUGGUCCAGUUGAUGUCAUCCUGGCUGCAGAGUGUCCUUUAUGGCCAUGGGACAAAGGUAUCUGAAUUUCUCCUUUUUUAAUUCGGAUUAACACUGCACUUCUGUAAUGUAUUUUUUAAAUCUUUAUUUUUUUUACUCUUGAUAACAUUCAGGCAUACUCAUCCUACACUAUGUAUUCAUUUCUCAUCAUAGACUCUGACGUGCCUUUAAAAGAAAAGAAGGCGGUCUUCGACAAAGUCAUGCUCCUCCGUCGCCUGAAAGAGGAAGAUGGGAUUCUGCUGAAAGAGAUGCAACAGCAUUGGCAGUUUCUUUGCAGAACUUCUCGAAGACUGCAAGAAUUUAAAGGAAUGGGCUACCAGUCAGGACUUUCCAUGGAGGCUUAUGAGGGACUGCGCUGCAUUUUGCAAGGCCAAUUGGAGACGUUGAAGCGACAAAUGAGGGAGGUGAAGUCAGCCUACAUGCACGUAGUUGACUCUAGUGUCCUGCAGCUGGAGGAGGAAGAGUCUGAGGAAGACUUGCAGGAGGAGUCUGAUGGUGACGAUAGCGAUGAAGACGAAGACUUCUAACCAUCCAGCAUGUACUCAAGUCAUCAGUUAUUGUUAUUAGACACGGACACAGGGUGCAAGAGGACAGGGAGACGGUAAAAGAGAACAGGGAGACAGGGUGCAAAGGGACACGGAGAAAGAGGACAGGGAGACAGGGUGCAAGAGGACAGGGUACAGGGGGACAGGGUGCCUUGUUAUGUAAAGGUAAUCUUUGUACUGGUAAAUAAAAUUGUUCCAAAAAUAUUUGGUGUAUCAUGUUUAAAGUGAAAUACUUUCAUUGCAUGACAAUAUGCCAGAAGGGACACAGAAAAGCAAUCCUAAAGGAAUCCCAUUUUGCUGCAGUUCAAUGUUGCCGCUGUAUACAGCAUUAUGUAAAAAGGUCAAUGUAUUUCUCAAACCUCGCUAAGAUCUGGCUACUUGCUUUCAGGUCAUCUGGUAAACUCAUCACUUAUUGUAAUGAAAUAUACCAUGGGAUGAUAUUUUUGUACCUAUACAC